GGGAAGGAAACAAGUCAUGUGCAGGAGGCUCAGGAGCGUGGGCUGUACCGAGAAAAAUCGCCCACAGGCCCAUGCCCGCACGGCGAGGCGUAUGGACCUUCCUUGAAAUACUCCCCCGCCUUGGCUCCCGAACGUAACCGUCGCAACCAACAGCUUUCGCUUCUCGCCGGAGCUCCAAGAAACCGUCAUCCCCACCUCCACCAGCGCCGUCGACAGAUGGAGCAGUUCCAGGACAGCCACCACGUGAGGCUGCGGAGCCGCGAGCACGGCAUGUACAUGCACGCCGACAAGGACGGCCGUGGCGUCUCCCUCCGCCGGCCCCGGGCGUCGAUGAACGCGGCGUGGGCGGUGCACCUGUACCAAGACGAUGACGAUGUCCAGUACGUGCUCCUCCACAGCGCCGCCUAUGGCGGCUACCUGGCGGCCUUGGACGCACCGGCGCCGGUAGGCCACCGCGGGCGCCGCGUCGAGCAGCGCGACUACGAGGAAUGGGAGGAGGAGGCCGUCAGGUGGCGGCCCGUCAGGCUCGUGCCCGGGGACUACAUCCUGCUCCGCCACGCCAGCGGCCGCUUCCUCCGCGCCAACGGGAAGUACCUCCCCUGGAACAACAGCGCCAGCGUCGACGACUUCGACACCGUCAGCACGAUGACGCACUGGGUCGUGGAGCGCAUCCCCGCCAGGGAGCCUGACAACGAGACUCAACUGCAGCUCCCCCUCGCCGGAGGCCUCGACGUCCUGUUGCCGCGGCGGUGGAUCGUGUACGCCUCGGCGGGCGCCGAUGGGGGCCCCUUCUUCUGGGCUGCGUUGGGGUUCAAGGGGAGGUCUGUGUUCCGCCUGAGGAGCGAGCUGGCCAGCGAGAUAGGCAUCGGCAUGGGCGACCUCGUCAUGUGCCGAUGUGCGUCCAGGCGGGCACUAACGGGCGGCCCGGCGGCCUACCCCACUCGUCGUCAACCUACCCCGUGGCACGCGGACCCUUUACAUCGUCGUCCUCAUGGCCGGGGAGCCAGCCCAGCCAACGUCGAGCUGCGCCAGAUGUUGGUGCAGAGUAGAAAAGGAUAAGAGCAGGACUCCCUACCGUCGCCCUGUCACUGUCAUUCCACCUCUUCAGAAGUGUCGCUGCCUUGGACAUGAUGACAUGAGAACUCAGAACUGCAUUUUGCAUUGAGAUAUAGGUUUAGGAAAACCCCAGCAGCUCUGGUGAUUCUGCUAGCUGAAAUUGAUUCAUUCUCCUGACAGGAGGAACCUGUCUGCUUUCUUUUAGGUGUCAGCAAUGACGGGUGUAGUGGUUCUUGCAGUUAAUUGAGCGCUCGACUUUAGCUGUGCGUUUUCAGGUUUGAAUUUUGACAGAGUUCUGAACAUGCAUUUUACAUUUGGUUUAGGCUGUUGUAAAAAAAAUUGAAUAACAUAUGAACAAAAGUGUAUCCCACGACACCGUACGAAUACUAGUUUCUGAAAAUUACAUUGUUCUCACGCCCUUUAGAGUCUCUCGCUACUCUUCUUGUAAUUGACGGAGAAAAUUACACAUUUGGUCCUCGAAUUUGCUGGCACCUAACACAACCAUAUUCCAGCACCCCUUAUAGGAGUAAUCUGUACCACUACAUAAUGUAUCCGUUUUGAAUGGACCUAAAUCAUCAAUCUUGA